GAAGACGCCUUCCCCAACCCCCACAUCCUAGACGCCACCCGCGCACCGUGGGAGCGCUGCCUCCCAGAGGACGGCUGCUUUAAAGUUCUAGGUGACGAAUUAGUAUCUACGAUGGUGGCUGAAGUGCUCCGCGCCGUUUUGUCUCUCGAGAACGUGCGUCGUGGGCCUGGACAGUCGGGUAAACUUGCGCGGUUCUCAGAUGCUGCAGAACCCAUGGCCGACUUC